UGUAUUGUGAUUGGACAUAGUAGGGAUCACAUGCAGUUUCCAAAGUAGCAUCCCUUUAACUCGGGAAGCGGGAGUCAGGGUGGAAGAAUCAACAGGUCCGUUAGCAGUAGCUGUGAGGGCCGCGAUAUUUCAACUUAUUCUUCUAAAAGUCAGGAUCAACAAACAUCAGCAUGGGGUCAAUAUUCCGUAGUGAAUCAAUGACCCUGUGUCAGCUCUUUCUCUCCAGUGAGGGGUCAUACAACUGUGUAUCAGAAAUCGGAGAGAUUGGGCUUGUGCAGUUCAGAGAUCUCAACCCAGAUGUUAAUGCCUUCCAACGCAAGUUUGUGCAUGAAGUGCGCCGUUGUGAUGAAAUGGAACGGCAGCUCCGUUACCUGGAGAAAGAAAUGCAGAAGGACUCUGUUCCAAUUUUGGAUACUGGAGAAAACCCAGAAGCUCCACAGCCUCGGGAGAUGGUUGAUCUGGAGGCUACUUUCGAGAAGUUGGAGAAUGAAUUGAGGGAAGUGAAUGCCAAUGCUGAAACUCUGAAGAAGAAUGCACUUGAAUUAACAGAACUCAAGCAUGUCCUGAACAUCACCCAGCAUUUCUUUAAAGAGCAAGAGGCACAUUCUCCCAUCCAUCUUGAUCAGCAGGAUUCUGAACCCAAUAGCAGCAUCACCCAGAACCUCCUGCCUGCUGAGGAAGGAAAGGGAUCAGUUCAGCUUGGCUUUGUCGCUGGUGUGGCCACUCGUGAGCGGAUGCCCAUGUUUGAACGCAUGCUUUGGAGAGUCUGCCGUGGAAAUGUGUUUGUACGACAGGCUGAGAUCCUCGAGCCUUUGGAAGAUCCUGUCACUGGAGACCAAGUACACAAGAUAGUCUUCCUGAUCUUUUUCCAAGGUGAGCAACUGAAGAAUAAAGUCAAGAAGAUUUGUGAUGGCUGCCGUGCCACCACAUACCCAUGUCCUGAGACAAGCAAAGAACGUAAAGAUAUGGGCCAAGGUGUCAGAGGACGGUUGGAUGACCUUAACAUU